AUGAGCAGACACCCGAAAGGGAAGAGCAGACUCUCGAACAUUAAAGCAGACUCCCGAACAGUCAGAGCAGACUCUCAAACAGUUAGAGCAAAUUCUCGAACAGUUAAAACAGAUUCUCGUACAGUUAAAGCAAACUCCCGAAAAGCUAAAGCAGACUCUCGAACAUUAAAGCAGACUCCCGAACAGUCAGAGCAGACUCUCAAACAGUUAGAGCAAAUUCUCGAACAGUUAAAGCAGAUUCUCGAACAGUUAAAGCAAACUCCCGAAAAGCUAAAGCAGACUCUCGAACAGUUAGAACAGACUCCUGAACAGGAAGAGCAGCUUCUCGAAGAGUUAAAGCAGAGUCUCGAACAGUUAUUGCAGAUUCUUGGACUGUUAAAGCAGACUUCUGAACAGCUAGAGCAGACACUCAAGCAGUUAAAGCAGAUUCUCGAACAGCAGACUCCCGAACAUGAAGAGCAGACUCCCGAACAGGAAGAGCAGACUCCCGAACAGGAAGAGCAGACUCCCGAACAGGAAGAGCAGACUCCCGAACAGGAAGAGCAGACUCCCGAAAAGGAUGAGCAGACACCCGAAAGGGAAGAGCAGACUCCCGAACAGUUAGAGCAGACUCUCGAACAGUUAAAGCAGACUCUCGAACAGUUAAAGCAGACUCCCGAACAGUCAGAGCAGACUCUCAAACAGUUAGAGCAAAUUCUCGAACAGUUAAAGCAGAUUCUCGAACAGUUAAAGCAAACUCCCGAAAAGUUAAAGCAGACUCUCGAACAGUUAGAACAGACUCCUGAACAGGAAGAGCAGCUUCUCGAAGAGUUAAAGCAGAGUCUCGAACAGUUAUUGCAGAUUCUCGGACUGUUAAAGCAGACUUCUGAACAGCUAGAGCAGACACUCAAGCAGUUAAAGCAGAUUCUCGAACAGUUAGAGCAGACUCCCGAGAAGUUAGAGCAGACUCUCGAACAGUUAGAGCAGACUUUCGAACAGUUAAGCAGAUUCUCGAACAAGCAGACUCUCAAACAGUUAGAGCAAAUUCUCGAACAGUUAAAGCAGAUUCUCGUACAGUUAAAGCAAACUCCCGAAAAGCUAAAGCAGACUCUCGAACAGUUAGAACAGACUCCUGAACAGGAAGAGCAGCUUCUCGAAGAGUUAAAGCAGAGUCUCGAACAGUUAUUGCAGAUUCUUGGACUGUUAAAGCAGACUUCUGAACAGCUAGAGCAGACACUCAAGCAGUUAAAGCAGAUUCUCGAACAUGAAGAGCAGACUCCCGAACAGGAAGAGCAGACUCCCGAACAGGAAGAGCAGACUCCCGAACAGGAAGAGCAGACUCCCGAACAGGAAGAGCAGACUCCCGAACAGGAAGAGCAGACUCCCGAAAAGGAUGAGCAGACACCCGAAAGGGAAGAGCAGACUCCCGAACAGUUAGAGCAGACUCUCGAACAGUUAAAGCAGACUCUCGAACAGUUAAAGCAGACUCCCGAACAGUCAGAGCAGACUCUCAAACAGUUAGAGCAAAUUCUCGAACAGUUAAAGCAGAUUCUCGAACAGUUAAAGCAAACUCCCGAAAAGUUAAAGCAGACUCUCGAACAGUUAGAACAGACUCCUGAACAGGAAGAGCAGCUUCUCGAAGAGUUAAAGCAGAGUCUCGAACAGUUAUUGCAGAUUCUUGGACUGUUAAAGCAGACUUCUGAACAGCUAGAGCAGACACUCAAGCAGUUAAAGCAGAUUCUCGAACAGUUAGAGCAGAUUAAAGCAGACUCCCGAACAGUCAGAGCAGACUCUCAAACAGUUAGAGCAAAUUCUCGAACAGUUAAAGCAGAUUCUCGAACAGUUAAAGCAAACUCCCGAAAAGCUAAAGCAGACUCUCGAACAGAAAAGCAGACUCCCGAACAGAAAGAGCAGACACCCGAAAGGGAAGAGCAGACUCCCGAACAGUUAGAGCAGACUCUCGAACAGUUAAAGCAGACUCUCGAACAGUUAAAGCAGACUCCCGAACAGUCAGAGCAGACUCUCAAACAGUUAGAGCAAAUUCUCGAACAGUUAAAGCAGAUUCUCGAACAGUUAAAGCAAACUCCCGAAAAGCUAAAGCAGACUCUCGAACAGUUAGAACAGACUCCUGAACAGGAAGAGCAGCUUCUCGAAGAGUUAAAGCAGAGUCUCGAACAGUUAUUGCAGAUUCUUGGACUGUUAAAGCAGACUUCUGAACAGCUAGAGCAGACACUCAAGCAGUUAAAGCAGAUUCUCGAACAGUUAGAGCAGACUCCCGAGAAGUUAGAGCAGACUCUCGAACAGUUAGAGCAGACUUUCGAACAGUUAAAGCAGAUUCUCGAACAGUUAGAGCAGACUCCCGAACAGAAAAGCAGACUCCGAACAUUAAAGCAAACUCCCGAAAAGCUAAAGCAGACUCUCGAACAGUUAGAACAGACUCCUGAACAGGAAGAGCAGCUUCUCGAAGAGUUAAAGCAGAGUCUCGAACAGUUAUUGCAGAUUCUUGGACUGUUAAAGCAGACUUCUGAACAGCUAGAGCAGACACUCAAGCAGUUAAAGCAGAUUCUCGAACAGAAGAGCAGGCUUCUCGAAGAGUUAAAGCAGAGUCCUCGAACAGUUAUUGCAGAUUCUUGGACUGUUAAGCAGACUUCUGAACAGCUAGAGCAGACACUCAAGCAGUUAAAGCAGAUUCUCGAACAACUCCCGAAACAGUCUAGAGCAGACUCUCGAACAGUUAGAGCAAGAUUCUCGAACAUUUUAAAGGCAGAUUCUCGAACAGUUAAAGCAACCCCCGAAAAGCUAAAGCAGACUUCCCGAACAGUCAGAUUAAAGCAGACUCCCGAACAGUCAGAGCAGACUCUCAAACAGUUAGAGCAAAUUCUCGAACAGUUAAAGCAGAUUCUCGAACAGUUAAAGCAAACUCCCGAAAAGUUAAAGCAGACUCUCGAACAGUUAGAACAGACUCCUGAACAGGAAGAGCAGCUUCUCGAAGAGUUAAAGCAGAGAAGAGCAGACUCUCAAACAGUUAAAGCAGGUUCUCGAACAGUUAAAGCAGACUCCCGGACAGUUAGAGCAGACUCCCGGACAGUAAGAGCAGACUCUCGAACAGUUAGAGCAGACUCUCUAACAAUUAAAACAGAUUCUCAAACAGAAGAGCAGACUCUUGAACAGGAAGAGCAAACUCCCAAAGAGGAAGAGCAGACUCUUUAUCUGUUAAAGCAGACUCCCGAACAGGAAGAGCUGAUUCCCGAACAGGAAGAGCUGACUCUUGAAAUGGAAGAGCUGAUUCUCUAA